AUGCAUUUCAAUAACGUACCUCAGCAAGUAAUUCGUGAACUGAGGUCUUUCGACGACUUCGGGUUACUUUCUGCUCAGAUCAUGAAGACCGAUUUUACACAAACACAAUCUAGUGCCGCACCUUUCAUGGAUAAGCUGUUAAGUUAUGAAGUUCCAUCUAUAAGCAAUUCUGCUGCUAUUCCCACAACUGCGGAUCCGUCGGAGCUGGGUGGAUCAUCCGAAAAUAGUGAUAUUGAACAACUAGAAGAACUAAUUGAUCAAGGGUACGACGUCUCUGCUGUGCUACGUGACUUGUCAUCAGUUGAAGUACAAGGAGAGAUCUGCGCAGUAGCGCCUGAUACGGUUACGAAACCAGUGGUGAAAGGGAAAAUCGAACCAACAGAUUGA